GGCAUCUGGCGAUGGUACAAAUGGACCAAGUCAGCCGGGACUUUUUCCAAACGGAUCUCGCAUGAUGAGAGCACAGUUUAUGAACCCCGUUGCCCAUUUCGCAGGCAUGGGAUUGGGUGGCUUACCCCCAAGACCAAAUCUGGCACCACCAGGCAUGAUCCCACCGUUGAUGGGACCAAUGGGUACUCAUCAAAUGGCUCAGAUGGCUCCAAUGAUUCCUCCCCUCAUGCCUGGAAUGAUGAUGCCAGCGCAUGUGGCACCAGGCACUCUACCUGCCAGCUUACAGCCAGGUGUGAACAGCUUGGAUCCCUCACUUGUUCAGCCGCCAGUCACACAGGCAGCACAUCCUGUAAUUUCAGCGCCACCAGCCAUUUCAGCAAACCUUGCCUCUAAUGAAGAGCCCACCAAGCCAAAAUCUUUGUGGACAGAACAUAAAUCACCAGAUGGUAGGACAUAUUAUUAUAAUAUCGAAACCAAGCAGUCUACGUGGGAGAAACCAGAUGAAUUGAAAACCCCAGCUGAGCAAUUAUUAUCGAAAUGUCCCUGGAAGGAGUUUAAAUCUGACUCUGGAAAACCAUAUUACUACAAUUCCCAGACAAAGGAAUCUCGUUGGGCCAAACCUAAAGAGCUAGAAGAUCUGGAAGCAAUGAUUAAAGCAGAAGAAAGCAGCAGUACUCAAGAAACUGUAGCUUCCGCUCCUGCUCCUGCUCCUGCCGCUGCUACUGUUGCUGCUGCACCUGUACAAAUCAACACAGCUCCAGUUGCUGUAGAGGUGACAAGCACACCCACGCCUGCACCUGUGGCAGUAGCUGCUGAAGCAGAGCUUGCCAUGUCCACCCCCACAACACCUGCCCUAGAAUCUGAGACUAUGGUCAAUGACUCGGGUGAAGAACAAGCCCAUUCUGUGUCGUCUUCCAUCCAAGAGAAGGACCCUGAAGUCAGCAGCAGCGGCAUUGUAGAGGAAUCUGCCAAGCAAGAGGUCCUAGCAGACUCAGCUUCUGUUGAAGAGGAGGAAGAAAAGACUCCUAAAAAGACCUAUACAUGGAACACAAAGGAAGAAGCAAAGCAAGCAUUUAAGGAACUUCUCAAAGAAAAGCGUGUGCCAUCCAAUGCUUCUUGGGAACAAGCCAUGAAAAUGAUAAUCAAUGAUCCACGAUACAGCGCACUGACAAAGCUAAGUGAGAAGAAACAAGCAUUUAAUGCCUACAAGGUGCAAACAGAGAAAGAAGAGAAGGAGGAAGCCAGGUUGAAAUACAAAGAGGCUAAAGAAGCUUACCAGAGGUUUCUAGAAAACCAUGAGAAGAUGACCUCAACCACCCGAUACAAAAAAGCAGAGCAGAUGUUCUCAGAGCUAGAUGUCUGGAAUGCAAUUUCCGAGCGCGACCGUCUUGAGAUUUAUGAAGAUGUUUUGUUCUAUCUGUCAAAGAAAGAAAAGGAACAAGCCAAACAGCUCAGAAAGAGGAACUGGGAAGCUUUGAAGAAUAUAUUAGAUAAUAUGGCUAACGUAACUUAUUGUACAACAUGGUCAGAAGCACAGCAGUACCUCAUGGACAACCCGACUUUUGCCGAAGAUGAGGAACUGCAGAAUAUGGAUAAAGAAGAUGCCUUGAUAUGUUUUGAAGAGCAUAUUCGGGCUUUGGAAAAGGAAGAGGAGGAAGAGAAACAAAAAACUUUACUAAGGGAAAGACGUCGACAGAGGAAGAAUCGAGAAUCUUUCCAGGUGUUUUUAGAUGAAUUACAUGAACAUGGUCACUUACAUUCAAUGUCAUCCUGGAUGGAGUUGUACCCCACAAUCAGUUCUGACAUUCGAUUUGCCAACAUGCUUGGUCAGCCAGGUUCCACAGCAUUAGACUUAUUCAAAUUCUAUGUGGAGGGUCUGAAGGCUCGAUACCAUGAUGAGAAAAAGAUCAUCAAAGACAUUUUAAGGGAUAAAGGUUUUGUAGUUGAGCUUCGGACAAGCUUUGAAGAUUUUGUCACGGUUAUUAGCUCAACAAAGAGAGCCACCACGUUAGAUGCUGGAAAUAUCAAACUUGCCUUCAACAGUCUUUUAGAGAAAGCAGAGGCCCGGGAGAGAGAGCGUGAGAAGGAAGAGGCCCGGAAAAUGAAACGAAAAGAAUCUGCUUUCAAGAGUAUGUUAAAACAAGCAGCACCACCCAUUGAAGCGGACUCUGUAUGGGAAGAGGUUCGGGAAAGGUUCAAUAAAGAGGCAGCAUUUGAAGAUAUCACACUGGAAGCAGAACGGAAAAGGAUAUUUAGAGAUUUUGUCCAUGCCAUAGAGCAUGAAUGUCUACAUCAUCAUUCAAAAAACAAGAAGCACUCAAAAAAAUCAAAGAAGCAUCAUCGGAAGAGGUCUCGCUCGCGCUCAGGUUCUGAAUCUGAGGAAGAAGAGGAGAACCACACAAAAAAGAAAAGGCAAAGAUCAGACUCCCGGUCUGGCUCUGAACAUUCCUCCAGUGGAGAAUCGGAAAAAAGUUAUAAAAAGACAAAGAAGCACAAAAAGAAGAGUAAGAAGAGAAGACAUAAAUCUAAUUCUCCAGAAUCUGAAGGAGAGAGGGACAGAGAUAGAAAAGACAGAGACAAGGAUGACAAGGAACGAUCGAGGCAGAAAGAAUCAAAACAGAAAUCUCCUAAAAGGAAAGCAACAAAGGAUAAAGAUUCUGGUAACUGGGACACAUCUGGAAGUGAAUUAAGUGAAGGGGAGUUGGAAAAGAGAAGGCGGACCCUCCUGGAACAGCUGGAUGAUGAUCAAUAA